AUGCGCAAAUGCGCGGGGCUCGAACUGGCUCGAAUCGCGCUCAAACCCCUCAAGCCCCACGUUUCGAUCCGCGACUAGCUCAGCCCCCAGACGGCCGUGUGCACCCACUGCAAGGCUCCGCACUGGGAGUGCGAAAGGUCGAAGUAGGUCGAAGUCGACCGGACACUUCAGCACGUGCUGCUCGCAGGGCAAGGUGCGGCUACCUCCCCCCCCCCCAGCCCAACCCCGAGUAUCGAAAUCUACUUGAAGGCUCGAACAGCGGUCAGUUGCUCCGUCCAACAACAUUCGUCUGCAGUAGACCCACAUGCUGAACUGUGCGACAAUUUUUCCACGACAAUUUUCCCACGCACACAGAAGCUAAAGCGUUCCGCGUGAACGCCCGGUCGUACAACAACGCGUUGUCGUUUACUUCGCUCGCUGCCCACUGGGACCAAACUCAAGUGGGCACGCUAGGACCCCCCGUGUUUCGCGUGUUUGGUCGCCUCUAUCAUCGACUCGGCGCCCUGCUCCCUGCCGUCGAUCAACGCCCAGCCUUUGCUCAAACAUGA